GUCCCACUAUCCUAAAGUGCAUUAGGUAUGAGUGUCAUGCGUGUGUGCGCUUGUGUGUGUGUGUGCGUACGUGUUAGUAGCGUGCAAUUGUAGCGACAACGAAAAUAAACGAAUAAAUAAAUGCAUAUUAAAGACGUAUCUUAUGUGCAUAUGAGUACAGCAUCUAUCGGAAAGAUGACCAGCUAAUUGAUAAAGGUAUAGCACACUCCCACACCCACACCGUCACCCAAACCGAUCGCUGGAAACGAGAAACACCUAGAGCGGCCGCACACACACAUCGAAGAGCUGGUGGUGGUAAUCGGAACGGAAGAGAGCUGAGUGCUGAGUAGCGGUAAAAAUUCGAAAUCCGGAACGGAACGAGGCCCAGACAGACAGGAAAUAACAAGUAAUUGAAUAUUCAAGAGACGUGCCGUGCCGUGGGCCAGCAGCAACCACCACAGCAACAAUUGCCAGGGCAGCAAAUUGGACGAUGGCCACUGGCGGCGGCAGCAGCGAGAUGCCAGACCAUCGGAAGCGGAACACCUUCACCAGCUAUGUGGCCCCAUUGCCGGGCGAUAUGCGCGCCACGGCGGACACGAACGAAUGGUGCCUGCCCAGCGACCUUAGGGACGUGCAUCUGGCCCGGCCCCGGCUGCUGCAGGGCGAACAGAUUGUGGCCUCGGCCCCUGCAUACAUGUACUCGCCCAUCGACCCCAUGGACAGUGGCAGUGGCAGCAACAGUGGUGGUGGUGGUGGUGGUGCCAACUGCGAGUCCAAUCCGCCGCAUAAGGAGGCCACCUUCGGACUGCUGAGCGUGACCAACUUCAAGUUAGCCUUUGUGCCUUUACAUGCCAGACGACCGACGGCAGUGGCGCCCCUGUGCGACCUGUAUCAGGAGAACCUCUAUCUGGGGCGGAACGAUGUGACGCUGAACAACAUCGACCAGAUCUACACCAUCGCGGAGCUGGGCAGGGCGGCCAGUGCGCUGCAGGCGGCGCGCAUGGCUAGCAACAGCAGCCGCCGGAAGAAGCUGGAGCCCUUCAAGCAGCAGACGAUCAAUGGACGGAUUGCCGCGUUGCACAUCAUCUGCAAGAACUUUCGGCUGCUCAAGUUCGCCUUCCAGCAGCAGGACUCCAAGCUGAGCGGAGUCAGCGAUCACGGCAAGCUGAUAGCAUCGGCCUUGGUGCGCUUCGCAUAUCCGAUGCGGCACGAUCUGAGCUUUGCGUAUGCCUACCGUGAGCCGUACUAUUCCACACUGGGCGCCUCGGGAGUCAGCAUGUACGCGACAAAGAACGACUGGGCGCGGGAGCUGAUCCGCUGCGGUGCCACUGAGUGGCAGGUGGUGAGUAGCAGCAGUGUCCAGCUGCUGCAGAAUCCCCUGCAGGCGGGCAAGUACUCCGUGCCGCCGCACUUUGUUAUACCCAAGUGCUGCAGCGUCGAGCGUUUCCUGGACCUGUCGCGUGCCUUCUGCGACUCCCGGGCCGCCUUCUGGGUGUACAGCUACGGCAGCAGUGCCGCCUCCCUGGUGCGCCUGGCCGAGCUGCAGCCAGCGGCCCAGCAGGACACCAAGGUGGAGAACAUCAUGCUGGAGCUGGUGCGCAAGUGUGACGAGCGUAAGCAGCUGAAGCUGCUGCAGCUAACGGAUCGUCUGCCCAGCACACAGGACGUCCUGCGGGCCUACCAGAAGCUGAGGCGCCUCUGCACGCCGGAGACGCCCGAGAAGUUCAUGCUGCAGGACGACAAGUACCUGGGGCUGCUGGAGAAGACCAACUGGCUGUUCUAUGUCUCUCUGUGUCUGCGCUUCUCCAGCGAGGCGGCGGCCACCCUGCGCUCUUCCAUCACUUGUGUUCUCCAGGAGUCCAACGGCCGGGACCUGUGCUGUGUGAUCAGCAGCCUGACCCAGCUGCUACUCGAUCCGCACUUCCGCAGCAUCGAUGGCUUCCAGUCGCUGGUGCAGAAGGAGUGGAUCGCCCUCGAGCAUCCCUUCCAGCGUCGGCUCGGACAUGUCUACGCGGCGACCAAUGGCGGCGAGCAUGUCCUCGAGAGCGAACAGAGCCCCGUCUUUCUGCUCUUCCUCGACUGCGUGUGGCAGCUGCUGCAGCAGUUCCCAGACGAGUUCGAGUUCUCGCAGACAUAUCUGACGACCCUGUGGGACGCCUGCUUCAUGCCCAUUUUCGACACGUUCCAGUUCGACAACCAGGUGCAGCGGGCGCGUGCCGUCAAGGAUUCGCCGCUGGUCUUGCGUCCCGUCUGGGACUGGAGCGAGCAGUUCACCGACAAGGACAAGAUGUUCUUCAGUAAUCCGCUCUACCAGCGUCAGAGGAACGAGACAAUGUCGCACUCAUCUUCGGCGGGCCUUCAGAAUCGACGCUCCCUGGCUGUGGGCCAGAAGGGAUUGGCUGCAUCGACGCCGUCGCGCAACACCAUCAAUCCGCAGCUGUUUGCAACGCAUUCAUCGGUGCCGCAGGACCGGUACCUGAUGCCGGCGCACCGUAUCUUCGAUCUGGCCGUGUGGGAUCAGUGCUACUUUCGGUGGCUGCCCGUCCUCGACAUCCGAGGCGGCGGCCAGGCCCAGGUUGAUCUCUUCCAUCGCCUGCUGCUUGGCAACAUUGCCAAGGUGCAGCGUUGCCUGGAGCUCCAGAGCUUCGACGAUCUGCCCGAUGCCUAUUACGAGGCCACCGGGGAGCAGAGGCCCAAUCAACAGCAGACCAGCACCCAAGGCGGUGGUGCGCCAGAUUUUGACCAUGAUGGAGAGCCCAUUGAGUACGUGGACGGGGUGGAGAGGCGACGCAAACCGAAGGCUGCCACACCGACGAACAGCCUCAACUCGGUCGGGGGCUCCUUGCAGCUAUCGACGCUCUCCUCGUUCUUCCCGUUCGGCAAUCCGAUUGCCGGAGAUGCGCCCCACCAGCUCUACGACAUUCUGAGCAGCAGCACGGAACUCUUGCUGGACACCUCGUCCAUUCUGGACAGGUCGUCGAUUGUGUGAGCGGCCAGCCGUCUGCUUAACCCUUGUGCGGGCACCGUACUCCUCCACUCACGCACAACCCCCCCAAUCGCAGCCGCAUUUGUAGGCAGGCAACUAAGAGCAGAACGGACUUUGGAUCGGAUCCUAAUCCAUAUAACCUACCCCUCCCACCCCUCCCCUCCACUGAUGUAUACAUUGUUCCAAUCCGCUGUUUACUUUCAAAGCUGAACUUUAGAAGUAUUAAACACAAAAACCACUAACAAGAAACUAACUUUUUUACAUAUGGCAUAUCGCUUUUAACAAAUUUGAUUAUUGUUAACUAAUAAGCAAGUUAUCGCAUAAGUUUUUUUUUUUUACUAUAAUUAUUAUUAUUAUUAUUACUACUUCCUACGUUUCGCAGACCACAUAGAACCAGCAACAAGCAGUGGCUAUAAAUAUAUGGCGGCAUCGUUAUGCAUAGGGAGUACCAUAUAAUACCAUAUAACAAACGACGAGCAAUCGACAUAAAAAAAAUACGAAAAAUAUAGAAACGAAACGAAACGAAACAA